UUUUGAGUGCUAUUUUUGUGAUAUAAACUUAGAAAUGUGCUAUUUUGGAGAUUUGCCCAUAAAAAAAAUGGAAUAAUAUUUUAAUUUUACCGUUGGAAUUGUGUAAAAGAACAAUAUUGAGUAAAUGGGAAUUUAAGGUUUCCAGCUAUAGAGAAACACAAAGAGGUCAGAGAGAAGAAAAAACACAAAGAAGGGAAUAUGAAGAAGAGUAAACGAGAGAACUUGCUUUCUCCUUCAUCUUCAUGGCGGGAGAAUCACAACCCUCCCCGGAGAAACUCAAACUCCUCCGCCGUAUCCUCCGGCUGCCUCCCCGGAUUCUUCAAGCUCUUCCUCUGCACCUUCAACUUCUCAUCCAACCGCCGCAAAUCUAUCACCUUAGGAUCUAAGAAACAAGAACAGAUAGCCAUCGUCUACGCUUCUCCUCCAGAAGAUACAUCAAACGGCUUAGGAACCGUCGAGCCGCCGCUUCCACGCAACGAAGGAGUGGAGGAAGAAGCUGCGAGGGUGAGUCUUGUGGGUGCGUUAGAGAAAUGCGAUCGUGACUUAGAGGAGCUUCGGAGAACCAUCGACGUCCUCAAAACCAGUUACCUUCUCCAAAAGAAGGUUUCACUGGAGACGGCACGUGAUGAUUUCAAAUUCUCAAGCACCGUGGUAGGAGAUGCCGUCGUGGGGACGCAAAUGAAUAAGAACACGAAGACGACACUACACGAAACAGACACUGACACAACAAUGUUGUCGACGAUGAUGAACGAUCGCGAGUACAAAAACAACACAACCUACGAAGUCAACCACAUUAAUCUAAUCACUAGACCCGACCAUUACGCCAUGCACGACGUCAUUCCCAAGAGAGCAACGCCAGAGUCACGUGACACGGCGCCAAUUAUGGUGCGGAAGGUAGGACGGAGCUUGAUGGAGAGCGUGAACGAGGUUAGUGAGGACGUAGCAUCUGGUCAACGAAGAGAGGUGGCUAAGAUCGGUUUGGCACUUCAUGACCAUAUCUGUCGGGAUCUGAUUUCGGAGACCGUUCACGAGCUAUCCUCAUUCUCCCACUACGACGCCGACGAGUGUCAUAAGUUGACGGUGGAUUCUGCUAAUUGUUACGGACGAGGAAGUGGACGUGGACACAUCAGACGUGAAAGUACCAACUCACUCCCACUCGACGCAUGUAGAAGAAAAUUAGUGUUCUGAUGUGAUCGAUCUCUGAGUUAUUUGUAUGUCUUAGGCACGACAGUUUUCACCAAUAACACGUUUUGCAGCUCAUAUUUUUUAAUUUUUUAUUAAUCCAUUAAAUGCUAAUUGAAAAACAUUAGAAAAAAUAACUUAUGUUUUCAAGUUAUUUAUAUCCCAA